AUGUCGUGGAUACUGCAAAAGAUCGUUCACAAUGAGGCGAUGAGAACAGACCCCCCAGAGAUCUAUGGAUGGAGAGUCUACCUGCUAGCCUGCUCGGCUUGCUGCGGAGGAAUGUUAUUUGGAAUGGAUUCCGGCAUUAUCGGCGGAGUGUUAACUAUGCCACCUUUCAUGCAGUCGGUCAUUCCAACCGGUACCUAUGAAGAAGCAAAGGCUAAUCUAGCAAACCUCUCCGCCAAUAUCGUUUCAACUCUUCAAGCAGGUUGCUUUUUCGGAGCUCUUCUCGCGUCGCCUGCUGCAGAUAAAUGGGGCAGACGAUUUGCCCUGCUCGGCUCAGCUGUAACAGGAGUUAUAGGAGUCAUCAUGCAAGCCUCUGCUAGUGGACAUCUCGAAGCUAUGUAUAUUGGACGACUAGUCACAGGCUUUGGGGUCGGUGCCGCCUCCAUGAUCAACCCUCUGUAUGUAUCUGAGAACGCACCGCGCGCAAUCCGGGGUGGGUUAACUGGUCUAUACCAGUUCUUCAUCACGAUGGGCAUCAUUCUCGCUUUCUGGAUCAACUAUGGCUGCCUCCUCCACUUGAGCGGAUCCGCAAUGUACCUUGUGCCACUAGCGAUGCAAGGCCUACCGGCUGUACUUCUCUUUGUUGGUAUGUCUCUUUGCAACGAGUCGCCUCGAUGGCUGGCCAAGCAGGACCGCUGGGAAGAAGCCCGGGCUACUUUGAGUAAAGUCCGCGCUUUGCCUCCUGAUCAUCCGUAUCUGGAAGAGGAGUUCCAGGCCAUCGCAGUGCAGUUAGAGCAAGAGCGGGCUCUCGUAGGGGGCUCUGGGUUCUGGGACCUUAUGAAAGAAAUGUGUUUGAUCCCUGGAAAUCGCAAUCGGGCGAUGAUCUCGAUUUUCUUGAUGGUUUGUCAACAAAUGACGGGCACGAACGCCAUCAACUACUACAGCCCCCAAAUUUUCAAAAACCUCGGUGUCACUGGAAACGCAACCAACCUGUUCGCGACAGGCGUAUAUGGAAUAGUUAAGAUGGUCAGCUGUGGCGUCUUCCUAGUCUUUGUCGCUGAUUCCCUCGGGCGCCGCCGUUCUCUACUUUGGACCUCUGUAGGACAGGCGCUAGCCAUGCUGUACAUUGGUUUAUACGUCCGCAUUGCACCGCCCGUGGAAGGCGCCCCGGUGAUCCCAGCCGGGUACGUUGCGCUGGUCUGCAUCUUUCUCUUCGCGGCGUUCUUCCAGUUUGGCUGGGGCCCGGUCUGCUGGAUCUAUGUCUCGGAGAUCCCUACUGCUCGCCUGCGGUCCUUAAAUGUUGCAUUGGGAGCGGCGACGCAGUGGCUGUUCAACUUUGUGGUUGCCAGGGCUGUGCCGAAUAUGCUCGCCACUGUUGGGGCUCAUGGAUACGGGACAUAUAUCAUCUUCGCCUGCUUCUGCUUCUCCAUGGGUGUUUGGGUGUGGUUUUUCAUACCAGAAACGAAGGGUAUGGCGCUGGAGAAGAUGGAUGACCUGUUUGGAGUCACCCAGCUUGUUCAGAAUAAGGUCGACCCUGAGCACGGAUUAGAUACCGGUCACACAGAAAAAGCUACGCAGUCGCAAGUCGAGCGAGUGGCAUCUAUUGGGUGA